CCUCCCAUGGCCGCAAUGCAGGGCAGGCACUGGGUCUGCUUCUGCAGAAGCAUCCCGUGCCCAGGAGCAGGCCUGCUUCCUCCUCAGAGGUUGCUGUGGGAUCAGCAUGGACUGCAAGCACUGGAAGGGGACAUCCCAUCCAUUUCAUCCCAUCCAUUUCAUCCCAUCCGUUUCAUCCCAUCUAUUUCAUCCCAUCCAUUUCCACACUGCUCUGCAGCCCCUGUCUGCCUUGCUGUGCAUGCUGCAGAAGUUCCAGUUAUCCGGCAUGCUCUGCAGCACGAGCUGCUCAUUCUUUGCAGGGAAUUGGCCAUGCUGGUGGCAAAGCACAGUGCUGGUGGGUUGCAGCACUCCUGUGAGCACUGCUUGCCUCAUUAGCAUUCAGCACAUGGCUCAAGCAGCUUUUACAUUACUCCUUCCUGACUCUGGGACCUCAUGCGUGAGUCACAGGCUUGCACAUUUGCUUUCCCCAAUCUCUGCAAGCCCCCAGCACAUGGCAGACGCUGUUCCGACCAGUUCAUUUCUGCAUGUGCACAACCUUCUUUUCAUUUCUGCUAAGAAGCAGAGUCAUUCCCUGCCCCCUGUGCUCUCAUGGCUCAGCACCUUCUCACCGGGACCUUCAGCCUGCACUAUGUCUUGUGAGCUGGUACUCAGCCCACUUACAUCCAAGAAACAAAAGCAAAAGGCUGUGGGUCCUGCUCCUCUUUUCUGUUUCCCAAUCACAAACAAAGCUUUUCCUUUGCAUCAGUCUCUCCACCUCAAACCAACAGGAAUCUCUGUGAAGCACACAAUGCAAAAAGAUGUGUGGCCCCCAGUCCAUGAGACACAGAGUGCACUAUCCAAGCACACAGCUAAGCAGAGUGUGCACACCUUGGCCAGGAAGAAGACCCAGCAGCUCUCAGCACCUCCUUCCACAGGCAGCCAGUGUGCCACAAGCACUGCCAGCACCUCCACUGCUUGCAGAAAACUCCAUUUCUUCUUAUACUCAAAUAACGCAAGGAAACCAAGUCACUGUCUGAGCAAUACCGCCAGUAAAUGCUAGAGAAGGGAGAUGAUGUCCCUUUAAAUGUUACUAAAGUGUUGUCAAUGGAUCUGCCAUGGUAGAAGAGUUAAUCCCCCCCCAGCCCCUCUCAGCCACUGUGAUGGGAUAAUUAGAUGCGAGGGCUCAGCACAGAUGAUGCUCCAGUUGCUUAGCAACUAAUGGUUUCCAUGGAAAUGGCAAAGCACAGCCUCCAGAACAGUAAGUGAGCAGUGCAGCAGGGCAGGGAAAGAUGCCUGAAACUCUUGCACUGAUCCUCUCCUCCAGAAGCACUCAGAGGCCUUGAGAACAGUGAGGCUGAAUCACACGGAUUGCCUUAUGCCCUAACACACGGACUGUCAGCAUCCCGCUGCUGCCAGGCAUGAUGGGCAUGGCCUGCAUCUCUUCCAAUCCAGCACUGCACAUGGCUCACUGCUGUGCCGUGCCACAGCCACAGCUUCAGCUGAGCACAGACAACCUUGGCUGCCAAGCUGCUCUCCAUCACAUUUGAGAAGUUGUGGCUGUCAGACAAAGUCCCUGGUGAUGGGAAGAGGAGAAACAUCCCUCCUGUUGUGCCUGGGAAGGUCGUGGAGUGGAUCCUCCUGGAAGAGAUGUUAAGGCACUCUGAGAUGAGGGGGUGAUCUGAGACGACCAGCAUAGCUUCAGCAAGGGCAGAGCGUGCCUGACCCAUCCCAUGGCCUUCUGUGAUGGAGUGAUGGCAUCGAUGGACAAAGGGAGGGCAGCUGCUGUCAUCUACCUGGAGCUGUGCCUUUGGAGAAAGAGAUCUCUGGGGGGAGACCUCAUUGCAGCCUUCCAGCACUUGAAGAAAGCUUACAAGCAGGAGGAGGAGUGGCUUUUUACACAGUCCAGUAGUGAAAGGAUAAAGAGAACGGCUUGAAACAACAAGAGGGGAGAUGUGGGUCAGAUGUGAGGAAGCAAUCCUUUCCUCAGAGGGUGGUGAGGAGCUGGCACUGCUGCCCAUAGAGCUGUGGGUGCCCCAUCCCUGCAGGCACUUAAGGCCAGGUGGGAUGGGGCCUUGGGCAGCCUGAGCUGGUGGGUUGGCUCCUUGAUGGUCUUUCAGGUCCCCUCCAACCUAUGCUGUUCUAUGAUUCAAUCUCAGUCUGCAUUCUGAUAAGAGACCUCUGGGCAGGGCGUGGUGGAGCUGUUGGUUCAGUACCAAGUAGUCAUCCCCGAGCCCAGAAUGCUGUAGCAUAUGGCCAGACCUGCACAAUGGCAUUAAUUCAGCAUAACAAAUGCACCGUGUGGGAGGGACCACAUUCCUACCUGCUUGCAAGGGACAUUCUUACAGCUGCAGGUUUCCAAACACCACAGUCCCCAGUGGCACCACAGGCAACACACCAACAUACAACACAGUGAUGGAUCAUAAGUGAGAUCACACGGACAACCAGGGGAUCGGGCACAGCCAGAAUGGGUUCGUGAAAGGCAGCUGCUGCCUGACUAACUUCAUCUCCUUCCACGCUUGAGUCACUCACCUGGUGGAUGAUGGUGGGGCUGUAGAUGUAGGCUACCAGACUUCAGCAAAACCUUUGACGCUGUCUCCAAUAGGAUUCUCCUGGAGAAGCUGUGGCCUGUGGCUUGGUCAGGUGCACUCUUUGCUGGGUAAAGAACUGCUCCUCUGUUCUUAUAGCUGUCCCUGUGGAAUGCAGUGGGGGGUCACAAAGACAAUGAAGGGCCUGGAGCAUCUCCUGAAUGAAGGAGGGCUGAGAGGGCUGUUCAGUCUGGGGCAGAGGAUGCUCAGAGGGCAUCCUCAGCACAGCCACGAAGGCCGUGGUGACCACUGGCACCACUUGGUGACUCCCCAGUGCCAUUCUGCUCCCCACCGCCCUGAUCUGAGGCCUGGAACACAGCGAAACAGCCACAGAACAUUUCAAACUCCAUCCCCUAUCGCUUUCAAACGAGGCAAUCAAAGCGGAGCGCUGCGCUUUGUUCCGUGGGGGAGCGGAGCUGGAGGUGAGCGGCAGCGCGGCCCGGCACCGCUUCAAUCGGCACCAGCCCCGCUUUGAAGUGGUGCAGAAAUGUGAGAGGAGGGGCAGGGACCCGAGCUGUGCUCUUUCACUGCAGCUUCACAGAGCUGAGAGAUGUGGGGGGUACGAGCCAGCCCUGCCCAUGACAAGAAUACACCUCUAUGCAGGCAGAGCACAGAGACAGAGUGUGGUAUGAGCAGGAGCAGAGCUGAGCAGUCAAACCUCAGCUGCCUCCUCUGUCCCACAGCGCAGCCCCACACGCUGUAGGGGCGCACAGGCUGAGGGGCAGCUUGCAGCGUCCAUUUUCUGCCAGGAAGGCUGCAGUGAGGAGCAGGUUGCUCAUGGAGGCGGUGCUGUCCA